UUAUAGUUUAGUUUAGUUUAGACCAUCAUGCAUGACAAACAGCCUUGUCUCUUAUUACGGACUUUGAUUUGUGUCCAUGUUCAUUUUUGAGUUUGUUAUGGUACAAUCAGUAUUGAGAAGAAAAUUGUUUGCAGUUUCCACUCGGAAUAUUCCUCAGCAGAAACCAAUUCGAACACUCACUUCGGCUAUGGCUUUGGCUCAAGGCAAAUGGGUCAAGCUUGAUCAAAAUGGUACUGGGCCUGGAGCAAGAAGCUCACAUGCCAUCUCCAUAGUAGGACAGAAGGCCUAUGUUUUCGGUGGUGAAUUCUCGCCACGUGUCCCCGUGGAUAACAAGGUCCAUGUAUUUGACCUUGAAACCCUAACAUGGUCUGUUGCUAAUGCUACCGGGGAUGUUCCACCGCCACGUGUUGGUGUCACAAUGGCAGCCGUUGGGAAAACAAUUUAUGUUUUUGGUGGUAGGGAUAGUGAACACAAUGAGCUCAAUGAGCUCUACAAGUUUGACACAUCUACAAGUAAGUGGACCCAACUCUCCGAUGGACCCGAUCAUCGGAGCUACCACUCUACCACCGCCGAUGAUCGCCAUGUGUAUAUCUUUGGUGGGUGCGGUGUGGCGGGCCGGCUUAACGAUCUAUGGGCCUAUGAUGUUGUUGAUCAAAAGUGGAUCAAAUAUCCAAACCCAGGGGACAAAAUCAGGGGAAGAGGUGGGCCUGGGUUGGCAGUGGCCCAAGGAAAAAUAUGGGUUGUGUAUGGCUUUGCUGGAGAGGAAGUGGAUGAUGUACACUACUUUGAUCCAGCCCGUGAAGAAUGGGCCCAAGUGGAGACAACUGGUGAAAAGCCCACGGCCCGAAGUGUAUUUUCCACUGUUGGGAUUGGUAAAUACAUAUUUAUCCAUGGUGGGGAAGUAGACCCUAGUGACCUAGGUCACUUAGGUGCUGGGAAAUUUGCUAAUGAGGUUUAUACAUUGGACACUGAGACAUUGGUGUGGAAACGGUGGGAGGAUGGGCCGGAUUCGGGUGAUCAUCCCGGGCCUCGCGGUUGGACUGCGUUUGCUGGCGGUCACCGACACGGCAAGGAGGGACUUUUGGUGUAUGGUGGCAAUUCACCAAGUAAUGAUAGGCUCGGUGACAUUUUCUUUUUCACUCCUUCCUUGUAGAGCAGAUGAUAAAUAAUCAUAAUCAUAUGUACCUUGAUAUUUUCAUAAUUAUAUCAUGAUAGGUGUAUGGUGGUUGUGAGAGACUGGCAACUAGGAUUGUGUGGGUAUGUAAUAUGACAACCUUUUGUAUCUUGUAAUAAAGUGUUGUUUUUUCUCAAAAAAAAAAAAAAAAAUUAAAUAAA